CCAGACUUGACGUAUUCGGUAGUAAUAGCCAGAAUAAUACAGUUCUGUACGUUUUUUAUUAAUAAUUUGGAAAUAUUUGGAGCAAUUGUUUGUUUUCAAGUGACAAUUUCUAUAUUUGGGGAGAAUUAAUGAAAUUUUUAAACACUAGGUGAUAUUUUCAAUUACAACAUGUUUCUCCUACUGACGUGGGUUGUGGUGCUCAUACUGGUUGUAGUGCUAUACUUCCGCCAAAACUACUCCAGGUUCAGUGAUUAUGGCGUGAAGCAUUUCAGACCGUUACCAUUCUUUGGUAACAUGAUGAGAAUCAUCCUUCGCAUCGAUAACUUUGGUGACGACUUGGACAGGAUGUACGAUGGUUUUCCUGAAGAGAGGUUCGUCGGUCGUUACGAGUUCUUGAGACCGAUCACAAUUGUUCGAGAUCUCGAGUUGGUGAAGAAGAUCACUAUCAAAGAUUUCGAGCAUUUCCUUGACCACCGCAACUUUACUGAGGUUUCCAUCGAACCACUGUUUGCAAGAAAUUUGUUCUCUUUGAAAGGCCAAGAAUGGAAAGACAUGAGAUCAACAUUGAGUCCAGCGUUUACAAGUUCAAAGAUAAAGCUGAUGGUGCCUUUUAUGGAGGAAGUUGGAGAACAAAUGAUACGAGCACUAAAGAAGAAAGUCAAGGAGUCUGAACAUGGGGCGAUAGAAGUUGAUUGCAAGGAUCUGACAGCGCGGUAUGCCAACGACGUGAUCGCCUCGUGCGCAUUCGGAUUAAAGGUGGAUUCUCACACAGAUGAAAAUAAUCAGUUCUUUGAAAUGGGAAAGACAGCUGCUACGUUCAAGUUCAAACAGAUGCUCAUGUUCUUCGCUAUGUCUGCCUGCCCGUCGUUAGCGAAGAGGCUGAAGCUAAAGCUGUUUACAAACCAAACUAAGGAGUUUUUCGAGGAGCUGGUGCUGACCUCGAUGAAGGAUAGAGAAGCGCGGAACAUCAUCAGACCUGACAUGAUUCACCUUCUCAUGGAGGCUAAGAAAGGUCAACUGAUUCACGAUGAGAAGUCGACUACAGAAAAUGGACAUAACGACCAAGACACCGGAUUUGCGACCGUCGAAGAGUCUACUGUGGGCAAGAAGCAAAUUGACAGAGUUUGGUCUGACACGGAUCUGGUUGCCCAAGCAGUUCUCUUCUUCAUCGCUGGCUUCGAAACCAUUUCAACGGCAAUGUCUUUCGCUUUGCACGAGUUAGCUGUGCAUCCAGAGGUCCAGGACCGGUUGUAUAAAGAAAUCAAAGAACACAAUGAGAAACACAAUGGAAAACUCAGCUUUACUGCCAUUCAAAAUAUGACUUACUUGGAUAUGGUUGUUUCUGAGGUCCUACGACUAUGGCCUCCAGCGAUGGCUCUGGACAGACAAUGUGUGAAAGACUACAACAUGGGAAAGGCUAACAGCAAAGCUACUAAAGAUUAUAUUAUACGCAAAGGAGAGCUCCUGUCUAUCCCCACGUGGUGUUUCCACCACGACUCCCAGUUCUAUGCAAACCCCAAGAAGUUCGAUCCAGAACGCUUUUCAGAAGAGAAUAAGCACCUCAUCAACCCCAUGGCCUACAUGCCUUUUGGACUUGGUCCAAGAAAUUGUAUUGGGUCCAGAUUUGCUCUUUGCGAGCUAAAGUUCCUGUUAUUCCACGUUCUGCUGCACAUGGAGGUGUCGCCAUCAGCUAAGACAAGACUCCCGGCGAAACUGUCUUCAGAGUCCUUCAAUCCUCGCCUUGAAGGCGGUCACUGGUUGAAGUUUGAAUUGCGAGCGUAAAUGGAUAAACCAAAAAUACAUUAAGUUAACAAUUCUUAGUUUUACAAAGCGCGACAUAUUUAUUUUGAGAGUAAAAGUAAAGUAACAAAACAAUAGUCCUGUUAGUCAAUUCACUAAUUUUGACAUAGGUUAGUUACCUAAUAUAACUAAGAUCAAAUCAAUAAUAACCGCCUUUUUCGUAUUCCGUAAAGCCAGUAAACGAAACUCACAAUGUCAAAUGACUGACCUACUCUACGAUAUAUGAACACGAAAUGAUUGAUGAAGCAUUACAUUUAUCGUUUUCUUGUUCUGUGUAUAACCUUUAAGAAUAAUUGUUAUUAAAAAUUAAUAAUUAAACACAUAAACUUAUUAAAAAAUAAUUAUUAAAAUUAGAUCUGUGUGCCUAGCGCGAGUUUUCAAUAUUUUCAUACUGUUCGCGUUUCAUACUGUUCGCGUAUCGCGUUGACGUAAAUGCGAAUUUAUAUGGAAUUGAAACAGUUGUACAGCAGUGCUAAUAGGUGGCGCUGUUUCAAUUUCUUAGAAAUUCGCGUUUAUGUUAACGCGAUAGUAAUAGUAUCAAACUGCCACUAGGCCCUCUGUUUAUUAAUUCGCUUCGAAAACUAUGAAAAUUAACGACAAAUAUGAACGGAAUGACAGAUUCGUUCGAUAACUAAUUGAUCACGUGAUCUGUCUAUAGCAAAUGUCAUUCCCAUACAUUAUUUAAUUUUCGAAGUGUUUGCGAUUGUAGAAAGAGAAUGGACGUGCCACAUGGCUACAGGCACAGAUCAUCUGAAUUUGAAUUUGAAACGAAAUAUUUUUGUGUCGGGGUUCAAUUAGGUACGAGUAUAAUAGGUACAUCAUCAUCAUCAUGUCAGCCGAUGGACAUACACUGCAAGACAUAGGUCUUGCUGUAGGGAACGUAAACAUACGAUAGUUUUCUUAUGAGGCCCAUAUGGGCAGGUAAUCUUAGAUAAUAGUUAUAAAUAUUUUCUAACUAUGGUCUAAGAUUAACUGUACUGGUCAGAUCUUCGUUAUUUUUUAAAAGGUGAAAGUUCGUCAUUCCAUAUUCCUACCAUACCAUACCGUAGGUUGAAUUGGCGACUAUAACGUCUGGAGCUUGGUCGUUUUGGGAUAUAGAAGAUUUUAAGGGGUCCAGAACGUCAAUUUUCCAGUAUAGAGCGUAAUAUAUCUAUUAUAAUAUUCAGUAAUGUCACAAAAGUCUUUUCUCUAAUCGCAAGAUACUUAGUUUUGUAGCAACUCUUAGAAAAUCAUCGUUUAAGAUUAAUUUUAUGCUAUAUGGUGACUUUAGAUACCAUGGUACAAAAUCCAUAGUUGUUACUAUGGUAGGAUUAUUUAUAAGCUUACAAACUCUCAGUUUAUAUCAAAAAUACGAAGGUGUGGCUAACACAGGCUCCGGCCAUUUAUAUGAUUAGGCUGUGAUAACUUUGAUGUAAUCCAGUAAGUAGAGUACAAUCCAGUAGUUCUUACUUGUUAGUUAAAAGGCUAGUUAAGUUACUGAUUUAAACGUUAAGUUGAUUUAAUUGAGAAAGUUUACAACUUGCUCGCUACUUAAGUGUUUGAUAUCACUGUUUCAGAGAAUGCAAAGUUUAUCAAGUUGUCCAAUUACUUAUAAAUUUCCAUGUCUACUAACUAUUUUAAAUUGUAUAAAAUAUCAAAAUUAUGGUUAACGUUAUUUAUAUUAUGUGAAAGAUCUAGUUUAUAAUUAUCUACUUAUUUUUUAUACUUUAUUAUAAGUUAGUCUUUAGAAUGGAGUAUUUUUUUAAAUUUAGUCACUAAGGGAUUUCCAAUAAUAAACUGUAUUGUUAUACAA